AUGGGUGUUUGCAUGUGUAGGGGCACGGGAGGUUAUGGUCAACCUGAUGGUUCAGGUGGUGAAUACUGGGGACCUGAACAAGGCCAUAAUGCUACUGUAGCAUGGUUAAAAAUGGGUGGUCGACGUAUCGAUACUUUGGACGAUUAUGCCUCACGGGAUGGUUAUUCACCAGUUGGUUGUCCUGAUCAUGCUGUAACACUCGGUUCUACAUGGAAUCCUAUUCCAGAUCUACGUAAACAUCCCAGUCUUAUUACAAUUGCAGAAAAGUAUAGCAAAACGCCUGCUCAGAUAGUACUUCGUUGGCAUUGGCAACAAGGGAUUGUGAUUAAUCCAUGUACUCGUGAUUCUACUCAUAUGAUGGAAAAUAUGUUCAUAUUUGAUUUUGUACUCGAUAAUCAAGAUAUGAUGACUCUUUCUUAUUUGAAUCAUCCAAUGAGCAAGGUGUGUGAUGAUCCAAGACUAAUUUUAUAA